GGUUGUUAUAAAUGUUAUAUUGAAUUGUUUAGCUAGUUGAUGUGAUCACUGUUAAUGGUUAUAAAUGGUUAUUAAUGGUUAUAAAUGGUUAUUAAUGGUUAUUAAUGGUUAUUUGGCAUGAAGACCACUUCUGGGUCCUUUACAACUUAAAAUCUAACACAUCAGAUAAUGGAAUCUAAUUUCUCCAUAUAUACAACUCUUCUGACUAUGGAAUCACUGGACAUACCUACUUCUAAUGCAAUCCCAGCAUUUAUAUUCGGAGCUCUUACAUAUUGUGGCAUUAUGUUCUUCAAUGUGUCUAUAUUGCUAACUCUUGUUUUUAACAGGAAACUCCAUAAGCCAAUGUAUGUUUUGCUGAUUAACAUGCCACUUAAUGAUAUGGUUGGUGCCACUGUCUUUUUCCCUCACCUGUUAUUCAGUAUAUUGACUGAGAAUAGAUUUGUUUCCUACUCUAUAUGCUUUGCAGAAGCCUUUCUAACUCAUAUAUAUGUUUCUGGGUUAACUAAUCUUCUCACUGCUAUGGCCUACGACAGAUAUAUUGCCAUCUGUUCUCCAUUGAGAUAUAACACACUGAUGUCCUCCAAUAACUUGAUCAAAAUUAUCAUUAUUGUAUGGUGUCUUGACUAUAGUCUCAUCGGCACUGUGUUUAUACUGAGUUUCCGCAAGCAAAUCUGUAGCACGAAAAUUGUUGACAUUUUCUGCAACAAUCCGUCUUUACUGAAGCUCAUAUGUGGAGACACGAGUGUGAACAACUAUUUCGGACUAUUUGUGACAUUUUUUAAGCAGGGAAUCAUAGUGCUGUCAGUGGUUUACACAUAUGUUCAGAUCUUGAUCACAGUCAUCUAUAAAAGACAGGCUGAUGCUAAACGUAAGGCCAUUCAGACCUGUGGUACUCAUCUUAUUGUCUUUUUAUGCUUGGAAUGUAAUUUACUGUUUGGUUUGACUGCGCACAGAAUCGAAGGAGCGUCACCAACCCUAAGAAAAGCUGCAGGAGCUUCUAUAAUGAUAUUUCCUCCUAUACUCAAUCCUCUGAUUUAUGGACUGAAAACGAAGGAAAUCAGACAGAAUUUGGUUUUCCUGCCUAAGAAAAUAAAAAAAGUUUCAACAGAAAAACAGAAAAAGAAAAACUGUAAGAUGAAGUAGGAAAUCCUGUUUCAGAAGUUUAAGUUUUAGUUUUAGUUUUAAUUUUACUUUUAGUCCACUUCCUGCAGGUUUUCAUGCUUGAUUACAU